UCAGAAAAUAUAUUUUUUUUAAGAAAAUCAUGAGCUCUCACAAGAAAGCUAUUCAUGAGAGAGAAGAAGAAGAAAAACAAGAGAUUAAUCAAAACAAUGAUGAAGAAGACAGCAAGAAGAAGAACAAGAAGCAGCAGGCGCAAAAGAAGGUGCCUUUCAGCAAGCUCUUCAGCUUCGCCGACCCCUUUGACUGCCUUCUCAUGACAUUAGGAAGCGUCGGAGCUUGCGUGCAUGGCGCCUCUGUCCCCGUCUUCUUCAUCUUCUUCGGCAAACUUAUCAACAUUAUCGGCAUCGCCUAUCUCUUUCCCACUUCUGUUUCUCAUCAAGUCGCCUUAUACUCUCUGGACUUUGUAUACUUAGGCAUAGUCAUUCUGUUCUCUGCAUGGACUGAGGUGGCUUGCUGGAUGUACACUGGAGAGAGGCAAGUGGCAAAGAUGAGGCUGGCUUAUUUGCGAGCAUUGUUAGAUCAAAAUAUUGAGCUGUUUGAUACUGAAGCUUCAACUGGAGAGGUGAUUGCUGCCAUCACCGGUGAUAUUAUUAUCGUCCAAGAUGCAAUUUCUGAAAAGGUCGGGAACUUCCUGCACUACAUCAGCCGCUUCCUCUGCGGCUUCGCUAUCGGGUUUUCUCGCGUAUGGCAGAUCAGUCUAGUAACGCUCUCAAUCGUCCCCCUCAUCGCCGUCGCCGGCGGCAUCUAUGUUUUUGUCGCCACUGGCCUCAUCGCUCGUGUCCGCAAAUCCUACGUCAAGGCCGGCGAGAUCGCGGAAGAGGUGAUCGGAACUGUGAGGACGGUACAGGCGUUCGUGGGGGAGGAGAAGGCGGUGAAGAGCUACAGGGCUGCGCUGCAAAAUACGUACAAGUACGGGAAAAAGGGUGGAUUGGCGAAGGGGUUGGGGCUGGGUUCUUUACAUUGCAUUCUCUUCCUCUCAUGGGCGUUGCUGGUUUGGUUUACAAGCAUUGUGGUUCAUAAGGAGAUAUCUAAUGGAGGAGAAUCUUUUACCACCAUGCUCAAUGUCGUCAUUGCUGGACUGUCACUGGGGCAGGCAGCUCCAAAUAUCUCCACAUUCCUCAGAGCAAGAACUGCUGCAUACCCAAUCUUCAAGAUGAUAGAAAGGAAAACGGUGCGCCAAACUGCAGCCAGAGCUGGGCGGAAGCUUCCCAUUGCGGAUGGUCAUAUUCAAUUCCGUAAUGUUUCUUUCAGCUAUCCUUCACGUCCUGAUGUCCUCAUCUUCAACCGGCUUAAUUUGGACAUCCCAUCUGGGAAAAUAGUUGCAUUAGUUGGAGGCAGUGGAUCAGGCAAAAGUACUAUUAUCUCACUUAUCGAACGGUUUUAUGAUCCCCUCUCUGGUGCAAUACUUUUGGAUGGGCAUGAUACGAGGGAUCUUGACCUUAAGUGGCUGAGGCAUCAAAUUGGAUUAGUUAACCAGGAGCCUGCCCUUUUUGCCACAAGCAUCAGGGAGAACAUUCUUUAUGGGAAAGAUGGUGCUUCCCUUGAUGAGAUUACACAUGCUGCUAAGCUCUCAGAGGCAAUAACCUUCAUUAAUAACCUUCCUGAUGGUUAUGAGACACAGGUUGGAGAAAGAGGAAUCCAAUUAUCAGGAGGGCAGAAGCAACGCAUUGCAAUAUCUAGAGCGAUACUGAAGAACCCUUCCAUUCUCCUUCUUGAUGAGGCCACUAGUGCUUUGGAUGCUGAGUCUGAAAAGAGUGUACAAGAGGCACUUGAUCGGGUGAUGGUUGGCCGCACCACGGUUGUGGUGGCACAUAGGCUUUCAACAAUCAGGAAUGCUGAUAUCAUUGCUGUUGUUGAAGGUGGAAAGAUUGUGGAGACAGGAACCCAUGACCAGCUUAUUUCACAGCCUCAAAGCAUGUACUCAUCACUUGUUCAUAUCCAAGAUGCUGCAAGUCUGCGAGGCUCCUUUGAGAGUUCAAGUUUUAGGAGGCCUCAAAGCGUCAAGUUUUCACGAGAGCUCUCCCUUGGAGCUACAAGUUUAGGAGCCAGCUUCAGAUCUGAUAAGGAUUCAGUUGGCCACUUUGUUCCUGAAGCAAACGAUCCUUCAAAAAAGAAGCAUGUUUCUGUGGGAAGAUUAUAUUUCAUGGUUGGUCCUGAUUGGAUUUAUGGAGUGUUUGGCACUGUGGGUGCUUUGGUGGCAGGAGCACAAAUGCCACUUUUUGCUCUUGGAGUAACACAGGCUCUUGUUUCCUAUUACAUGGCUUGGGAGACCACACAAACUGAAGUGAAGAAAAUUGCUCUCCUUUUCUGUGGUGGUGCUGUUCUGACAGUGAUUUUCCAUGUCAUGGCACAUCUCAACUUUGGCAUCAUGGGUGAAAGGCUUACGCUUCGUGUCAGGGAGAGAAUGUUUGGAGCGAUGUUACAAAAUGAGAUUGGUUGGUUUGAUGAUGCAAGGAAUAACAGCGCAAUAUUAGCAUCUCAUCUUGAAACAGAUGCAACACUACUUCGAACUAUAGUUGUAGACCGCUCAUCUAUACUAAUUCAAAACAUAGGAAUGAUUAUAACAUCACUUGUUAUUGCCUUCAUCCUUAAUUGGAGGAUAACUCUUGUUGUUUUGGCAACAUACCCAUUGAUGGUUAGUGGCCAUAUUAGUGAGAAAUUAUUCAUGAAGGGAUAUGGAGGUAACUUGAGCAAGGCCUAUUUGAAAGCCAACAUGCUAGCUGCUGAGGCUGUGAGCAACAUUCGUACUGUUGCUGCCUUCUGUUCUGAGGAUAAAGUCAUUGAUUUAUAUUCGAGGGAGCUCAAGGAUCCCUCAAGUCGAUCUUUCCGUCGUGGGCAACUUGCUGGUCUUUUUUAUGGAGUCUCUCAAUUCUUCCUGUUCUCCUCCUAUGCCCUUGCUCUCUGGUAUGGCUCAGUUCUUAUGGGCAAAGAACUCGCAAGUUUCAAAUCUGUUAUGAAGUCCUUCAUGGUCUUGAUAGUUACCGCACUAGCUAUGGGAGAAACCUUGGCAAUGGCACCAGACCUUGUUAAAGGGAAUCAGAUGGCGGCUUCGGUUUUCGAAAUACUAGACCGGAAGACUCAGGUGGUGGCUGAUAUUGGGGAGGAACUUGUGAGAGUCGAGGGAGUCAUAGAGUUGAGGGGUGUUGAGUUCUAUUAUCCUUCAAGGCCUGAAGUUAUUAUCUUCAGAGAUUUUGACCUUAGAAUGAAAUCUGGAAAAGCCAUGGCAUUAGUUGGCACUAGUGGAUCUGGAAAGAGUACUGUGUUGACUUUGAUUCUAAGAUUUUACGAUGUAGCUGCUGGAAAAGUGAUGAUUGAUGGUAAAGACGUUAGGAAACUCCACCUCAAGUCCCUGCGUAAGCACAUAGGGCUAGUUCAGCAAGAACCAGUCCUUUUUGCUACCUCCAUUUAUGAUAACAUUAUCUAUGGAAAGGAUGGUGCAACAGAGGCAGAGGUUAUUGAGGCAGCCAAACUUGCAAAUGCUCACUCUUUCAUUAGUUCACUCCCAGAAGGGUACUCAACCAAGGUUGGGGAACGAGGAGUGCAGCUUUCAGGUGGCCAGAAGCAGCGCGUCGCCAUUGCACGAGCCAUUAUCAAGAACCCUGCCAUUCUGUUGCUCGAUGAGGCCACAAGCGCCCUUGAUGUAGAGUCAGAGCAUGUGGUUCAGCAGGCACUUGACAGGAUCAUGAAGGGACGCACCACCAUUGUUGUGGCUCACAGGCUAUCUACUAUCCAAAAUGCAGAUGUAAUAUCAGUCCUGCAGGAUGGAAAGAUUGUUGAGCAAGGUAGCCAUUCAGCUUUAAUGGAAAAUAUAAACGGUGCAUAUUUUAAAUUGAUCAACCUUCAGCAGCAGCAACAGCAGCGUUGAUAUUUUGUUAUUGGUGAGACUUUUCUUCUGAUUAAGCCAGACAAAUAGUAAUGAUGGCUUACACAGCAGAAAUGAUCUCUCUUAUUUACACAAGUGAGUUUUACAUUGUUUUCCCUUAUUUUAUAAUACUGUAACCAUUUGUAUGGCAGCUUGCUAGCAUUAUUUGAUGUCAAUAAAUACUAUUUAUACAGUAAGCUAUCCUUCACUGAUUGAAAUGUAAACAUGGAGUGGAAAUCACCUCCUGCUUUACCAGCUGCUGAAUCUAACUUAGAUCUACAACUCA